GAAGGUGGGGAGACAUCCUGCAGCAAACAUGUCAGGCUGUUUGGAGCGUUAUGGGAAUAUACUGAAUGUUGACACAACUGGAGCUUCGGAGGCCACUGCGAAACCAGAAGGUCUGAGCUAUGCAGGAGUUUCUGCCUCGGAGAAGAUUGCAGAAGGAGAUUUGAAGAACAUGGAGAAAUACCACGCCAAGAUUACAAAAGUUGGCAACAGCAAGUGCGUUGAUCCAGCUGUGAUUGCUGGUAUUAUCUCUCGAGAGUCACACGCCGGGACAGUGCUGAAGGAUGGCUGGGGCGACCACGGAAAUGCAUUUGGUUUAAUGCAG